CAAAUAUUAUCGAAAGAAGACAGCUGGAAGGAAAAAUGAUGACGAAGAAGGUGUUGUUCCCCAUAUGUGCAAAUCAGCAUUAUUAUGCUGUUUGUUUUUGCUUCAAGAGAAAUGCUAUUGUUGUAAUAGACAAUUCUGCAAACGGGGAUGACAAUGACCUCACAAUAAAUUAUGGUCACAUUCCAGAAACAUUGAGAUCAUACUUUUGUCACUUCCUCACCAAGAAUGGUCUCCACGCAUAUUGUAAGAUAGUGUCCAACUCCAAAAUGCAGAGAUUGAAAAUGCCAUGGAGGACAGUUGAUAACGUUGAAGAUUGUGGAGUAUUUCUAAUGCGGCAUAUGGAAACGUACAAGGGUGAGCGAGAAGGUUGCUGGAAUUGUGGAUUGAAGAAAUCAAGUUCGGGUGUCCUUCAAAGCUUGAGGGCUAAAUAUUGUUCGACGCUGAUGUUAGCCGAAAACAGCCAUGAAAGCUUCAACAACAAAAUUGUUACAGCAGCGUAUUACGAAGAGGAAAGCAAACACAUUGAAAUUGAUGUUGAGAAAAUGAUUGCGGCAUAUUUAAAGAAGAAAUGAUCAUUUUAGCAGAUCAAAUUUUGUAUUCGACAUACAUCUGUUAUGAGCAUUGAAUAAAGUACCACGCGUUUUAAUGUUGUUCA